AUACGGCAAUUUGGUGUUCCGGUCCACCACAAGUUCAAAGGCCAGGAAAAUAGUUUGAGUGCAAUGAAAGCUCAUGAUGUUCGUCGUCGAGGUAGAUAUCUCUCUGCGGUGGAUCUGAAACCUUGGCGGCAAGGGCAACCUUCCGAAACAGGGCUGUACUAUACGAAACUUGGGCUCGGGUCUCCUCCAAAGGACUACUACGUGCAAGUUGAUACGGAAGUGACAUCCUAUGGGUUAAUUUGUGUUGACUGCGUGACAUGUCCGAGGACAAGUGAUCUUGGAAUAGAGUUGACACUAUACGACCCUAAGGUCUCCAAGACUUCAGAUUUGGUUUCAUGUGCGGAAGAUUUUUGCUCUGACACAUAUGAUGGUCCAAUUGCUGGUUGCAAGCCUGAUGUGGUCUGUCCAUAUAGUGUAACUUAUGGAGAUGGAAGCUCCACAACUGGGUACUUUGUGAAGGAUUAUCUUACAUUUAACCAGGUCAAUGGUAAUCUUCAUAGUUCUCCAGCAAAUAGCACAGUGAUUUUUGGGUGCGGUGCUAAACAAUCUGGGGCAUUGGGGUCAACUAAUGAAGCUCUGAUGGAAUACUUGGUUUUGGUCAAGCAAAUUCGUCUGUGCUUUCACAACUUGCUGCAUUCUAGGAAGGUGAAAAAAAUAUUUUCACACUGCCUUGACAAUAUUCAUGGAGGUGGAAUCUUUGCCCUAGGGGAAGUGGUGGAGCCAAAAGUCAAUACAACACCUUUGGUUUCUGGACAGUAUGUGUAGUAUGUUGUCUUUUGUUUUUUUUCCCCAUUGCCAUGAAGUUUGAUCAAUAGGAUGUCA